GGAUGAUGAAGCUGGAGCGGAGGAUGGGAGGAAGAGUGGCGUGAGACACACACGCGCGCACACACGCAGCCUGGCUGCCGAGGACCUCGCGUACAUGCGCGCGUGCGUGUGUUUAUAUAUAUAUGUAUGUGUGUGUGUAAACGCAUGAGUGACCGGGACUUUUGUAGGGACUUCUAUCAGACAAAGAGACGCGUUUAGAAACGUCCCGAGGCGCGCACUAACGGAAAGUUGAAACUUUUCGGCGGCGCCGCCAGAGCUCGCGCUGCCGAGCCGGUCCCGGCUUUGUCUCUACACAGCGGAGCGCGACGGUGCCUGCAGGAGGGAACAUCAACAUCCGCCUGAUUUCUUUUUCAAACCGCGCAAGAGAGGAAAGGAAGAAGGAAGGAGGGAGAGAGAGAAAGAGAGAGAGAAUGGCGGCCAACAUGUACCGCGUCGGAGAUUAUGUGUACUUCGAAAACUCGUCCAGUAAUCCCUACCUGAUCCGUCGAAUAGAGGAGCUCAACAAGACGGCCAAUGGGAACGUGGAGGCCAAGGUCGUGUGUCUCUUCAGGAGGAGGGACAUAUCUAGCAAUCUCAACACACUGGCAGACAGCAAUGCUAGAGACUUUGAGGAAGAGUCCAAGCAGCCACCAGUUACUGAACAACAGAAACACCAGCUCAAACACAGAGAACUCUUCCUGUCCCGACAGUUUGAGUCUCUUCCUGCCACCCACAUACGAGGGAAAUGUAACGUCACACUCCUAAAUGAGACUGAUGUUCUAACAGGCUACCUAGAGAGAGAGGACUGUUUCUUCUACUCGUUGGUGUUUGACCCGGUUCAGAAAACCCUGCUCGCCGACCAGGGUGAGAUUAGGGUGGGCUCCAAAUAUCAGGCUGAGAUUCCGGACAAAUUGGCAGAAGAGGACUUAGACAAUCGAGUACAAGAGAAACUGGAGACGAAGGUGUGGGAUCCAGAUAACCAGCUGAAGGACUCUCAGAUAGAUCAGUUCCUGGUGGUGGCACGGGCUGUGGGGACUUUUGCUCGUGCUUUAGACUGCAGCAGCUCCAUCCGCCAGCCAAGUCUGCACAUGAGUGCAGCAGCAGCAUCCAGAGACAUCACUCUGUUCCAUGCCAUGGACACGCUGCAGAAGAACGGUUAUGACUUGGCCAAGGCUAUGUCCACACUGGUGCCCCAGGGUGGCCCUGUGCUCUGCCGCGAUGAGAUGGAAGAGUGGAGUGCCUCGGAAGCCAUGCUGUUUGAGGAAGCACUGGAGAAAUAUGGCAAGGACUUCAAUGACAUUCGCCAGGACUUUUUGCCUUGGAAGUCUUUAGCCAGCGUUGUUCAAUUCUAUUACAUGUGGAAAACCACAGACCGUUAUAUUCAGCAGAAAAGAUUGAAGGCAGCAGAAGCAGACAGUAAACUGAAACAGGUUUACAUCCCCACCUACACCAAGCCCAACCCUAACCAGAUUAUGGCUCCUGGGAACAAACCGGGCAUGAACGGUGCUGCAGGCUUUCAAAAAGGCCUGUGCUGUGAGAGUUGCCAUACUGCCCAGUCACCUCAGUGGUAUGCUUGGGGUCCUCCUAACAUGCAGUGUCGACUCUGUGCCUCCUGUUGGAUUUACUGGAAAAAAUAUGGUGGGCUGAAGACACCCACUCAGCUAGAGGGCGCUACAAGAGCUGGCUCGGAUGCACCCUCACGUAGUCACAUGACUCGUCAGGAAGUGCAGGGCAUGUCCCCGUUCACCAAUAGUGCUGGUAGAGCCAAGCUUUUGGCCAAAAAUCGGCAGACGUUUAUUCUGCAGACCACCAAGCUGACCCGUAUCGCCCGUCGGGUGUGCCAGGACAUCCUGCAGUCACGUCGCGCUGCCCGCCGCCCUUAUGCAUCGAUCAAUGCCAAUGCUGUCAAAGCAGAGUGUAUGAUCAGACUCCCUAAAGUGGCAAAAAGUACUAUAAAGAACCGCCCUGUUCCACGACCAUCCCUUGUUAACAUAGUCAAAGAACUGGCUGUCCAGGCUCCCCUUAAACUCAAAGCUCCUAGAGGCGCUCCAACCCCAAUCAACCGUAAUCAGGCCAACCAACCCCGCAGUGCAACUGCCCUGCUGGGCAAAAGACCCUUCGAUAGUGGGGGAGGACACUCGUUCUCUACUAAUGGGAGACCCUUUGUGAGCGGCAUGAGGACGACUGCCCAGUCAGUCAUAAAGCGCCAGAGAGUUAGUCAGGCAGAUGCCCCAAAUCCUGUCGUCUUUGUGGCUACUAAAGAAACCAGAACCCUGAGGAAACACCUUUCUCAGGCUGAGAUGAGACGAGCAGCUAGGAAACCCAACAUCCCUGUCAGAGUGAAAAUUCCUUUGCCACCACGACCAAUUCCUGUCCCUGUGCUGCCCUCUAGCACCAGCGAGCCAAUUGUACUGGAGGACUAAUGACUUUUCUUUUAGGCUGCAUCACCUCACAUCUCUUAAUCUUUAUGUCCUGCUUUCUUUUCUCUCCUUUAUUCCCCACAAAAAAAUAAAUCUGUGCGCUGUCUUCCCCUCCCAUUUAUUAUUACUUAAUUUUUUUUCAUUAUCUAUUUUUUUGUCAUCAUUUCUUGUUCACUUUUCCAUGUGGUCAUUCAAACCUGUGAGCUUUAUAAGGAAACAGCCCACAGAUGAGCUUAUGCGCCCCACAUAAUUACCUAGCAGCACACGUCAGGCUUUCAUCAUGGACUUUUGUAGUAUUUUAUUUCUGUAGUAUAGUUUACCCAGCCCCAUCCUCCCCCUCUUCCUUUUUUUUUUUUAAAUGCCGAAUAUUUUUAACUGUGUAAUUUAAAUCUGAUGAUGCGCAACAUAAAAUGAUGGUGAUAAAGCACACUUUAUUUUUGUCCUCCAAGUCUGUCUUUAUUUGUGUAAAUAUUAACAUUUUUCAGGAGUGAUAUCUUUAAUGCUGGUGUGGUAAGGGGUGGGUUUUUUGGGGUGGGGGAGAUGGGGUUUGGCAUGUCUCUUAUACGUUCUUUCUUUGUUUAAACAAAUUCAGUAUGUAAGUGCUCCUUUUCUUCACAAUUUAGUCAAUCUAAUGGUUGGAAACCAGUAGUGUUUCUUUUAGUAGCUUUGUUAAAUUUACCCUCAAUCUGAAGAGAUCAACUAGACCACAGGGCGCAGGACGGCAUCAAUGGGUCGGCUCAAUGCCGCAGGACGUUGAUCGGUGGAUUGAAGUUCAGGGCAACUUUUAUUUAUGGCCCCAUUCUCCUUUUUUUUGUUUUCUUGUUCAAUAUGUGAUCUCUCAUUGAAUGCUGAUGUUGAAGGCACCUAUUUGAAAUGUUUUCUAAGUGCAAACGGUGAUGGAAUGUUGAUGGCCCCUUAUCAGUGUAGAUCAAGGUAAAAGGUGUUAGAAUGAAGUGGUGGGAGAGAGCAGGGUAGGCUGCGGUUGGUCAGAGAAAACCCUGUGGCAGCUUCUGGUUCUUCGGGUUUUUUUUCCUUUAAAGGUUUUCUUAUUAGUAAAUGCUUAGUCUUGCAAUCAGUUCAGCCUCUGCCUCUUUUUUGUUUAAUUUCUUGCCGUUUGUACAUAUUUAAUAAACAAAGCCAUAGAGUUUUAAAUUUCCAGUUAUGUGUUUGCCAAGAGGGUCAGGACCCAAUGUAAUCCAGUGACUGACAGACAAAAUGGCACUGCCUGUAAGGUAAUGUAGUGGAUAGAUGAUGUAGUUAGAAAAGCAAGAGAGAAAGAAAGGACAAUUUUCUUUGCCUAUGAUGUAAGAUUGAAAAAUAGGUUGUAGAAUGCUUUGAUAUUGAAUCAUGUUCUCAUUUAUGGUUUCAUUUGUGACUUUUUUUU